AUGGUGAUGAUUGAUGGCGGGUGGACGGUGAUGAUUGAUGGUGGGUGGACGGUGAUGAUUGAUGGUGGGUUUUUGGCAUGGCAUGGCACAGCACGUCAAAUGGGAAUGUGCAGCUCGUGCUGUGGAUGCCAUGCCGCGCAUGCCAUGGUGUUCCUUGUGAGGAUAGAUGCCCAAGGCUCCUUUCCUCUCAUUGGCUCUUCCCAUCUUCGUCCCAUCCUCUCGUCCUCUCCCCACCUCCCCACCCCCCACGCCACCCACCAGUGGUACUCAACCACGUGGGCUGCCCUCAGGAGCGUCUCCUUCCACCCGCCCUGCGAGGUGGAUUUCAGCCAAUACGAUGCCGACAACUGGCAGCGCUGCUGGCUUGCCAGCCUCCCAGACUUCAACCAAUCGAAUCCCACCAUUGCCGCAGCACUCGUGAGGUCCACAGCCUAUCUCGUGCACACGUUCGCAUUCGACGCCAUACGAGUCGAUGCAGCACACCACAUGCCACCCGAGUUCGUCCGCUCCCUCGCCUCCCACCUCCGAGUGCCAGCCUUUGCAGAACUAUCCAUCCCCUUGCUGCCGCUCCCACACCGUCUGCUGGCAGGGAGAGCGUACACGAACCAUGCUACAGCCGAGCUACAGCAGGCGCUACAGCUGGCCAUGGUGAGGGCUUUCACAGCAUCUGCAGAAGCAGCGUCCAUGGUUGAGCUUGCGAGGGCCAUGACUGCCGUGUUUGAGGGCGCUGGGAACGCGGACUUUCAGGGAAGCUUCCUCGACAACCAUGACUCGCCCCGCUUGCUGGGCUUGCUGCAAGGAGACCAGCAGUUGCUGCGGAAUGCGCUUGCGCUGCUGCUCACCUCCAGAGGCAUCCCGCUCGUCUACUCGGGCACCGAGCAGGCCUUCAUGGAGGGCCUGACCCGCAGAACCGGCGAGUCCCUCUGGCCCUUCCUCAACACACACCACCCUCUCUACGGCUUCCUCGCUGCUGUGAUCCGCUUCCGGCAAAAGCUUAUUGAACAGCAGUCUGUUUCUUCUAAGGUGGGCCUGUGGCAGUACAAGCAGCAGCACAUUCGAUUCGUCUCCACCCGCUUGUUGGUGUUCCAACGCGGGCCAGCGGUCGUUGCGGUUACCAACAGCCCCUGCUGA